GGGCAGGUGAUGGGCAGGCAGAACGCAAGUUCUUCUGAGGGCUUCAUCCUGGUGGGCUUCUCGGACCGCCCCCGCCUGGAGCUGGGCCUCUUUGUGGUGGUACUCACCUUCUAUCUGCUCACGCUUCUGGGCAACGUGGCCAUCAUCCUGCUGUCCGCCCUGGACGCCCGGCUGCACACGCCCAUGUACUUCUUCUUGGCCAACCUCUCCUUCCUGGACGUGUGCUUCACCACGGGCUCCAUCCCCCAGAUGCUCUACAACCUGUGGGGCCCAGACAAGACCAUCAGCUACGUGGGCUGUGCCGUCCAGCUCUACUUCGUCCUGGCCCUGGGAGGCGUGGAGUGCGUGCUCCUGGCCGUCAUGGCCUAUGACCGCUACGUCGCAGUCUGCAAGCCUCUGCACUACACGGUCAUCAUGCACCCGCGCCUCUGCGGGCAGCUGGCCUCUGCAGCCUGGCUGAGCGGCUUCAGCAACUCUCUCGUCAUGGCCCCCCAGACGUUGCUGCUGCCCCGCUGUGGGCACAGGAGGGUGGACCACUUUCUCUGUGAGAUGCCGGCUCUCAUUGGCAUGGCCUGUGUAGACACCACGACCCUCGAGGCGCUGGCCUUCGCCUUGGCCAUCUUCAUCAUCCUGACACCCCUGCUGCUCAUCCUCACCUCCUAUGGCUACAUCGCCAGAGCCGUGCUUCGCAUCAGCUCAGCGGUGGGGCGCAGGAAGGCUCUCAACACCUGCAGCUCACACCUGGCCGUCGUCUCGCUCUUCUAUGGCACCAUCAUUUACAUGUACCUCCAGCCAGCAAACGCCUAUUCCCAGGACCAGGGCAAGUUCCUCACUCUUUUCUAUACAAUCGUCACACCCAGUGUGAACCCCCUGAUCUACACCCUGAGAAACAAAGACGUGAAAGAGGCAGUGAAGAAGGUGCUGGGGRAGGGGCGAGCACAAGGGCAGUAG